GGCGAUCACAUCACCUGGGAGAGGCCGAGUGUUCCCCUGGCAUCCAGUAAGUGAGAACGUGAGCAUUACCCUCUUGGUGGAGGUGUUUGCGACCACUACUAACUGUGACCAUGUUGUUACGGCGACUGUGGCUGACAGGCCUUGUUGGGUUACUCGCGGCUUGCUUGGCAGCAGCCCAAGACAACUCUACUGCCGCUGAUCCUGCUGCCGAAGAGAAGCCGGUAGAUGACAAACCCAAACUGACGGGGAACCCUCAAAUAGAUUACCUUCUAGAUCCUAACCUGCCACACGAGCUUAUUGGUUACGAUCUUAGCAACUAUCCCUUCUUCAACAGGCUCCCGAAAGAUCUCCUCGAUCCCAAGUUCAACUUCACCUGCGACAACCGCCAUGAUGGCUUCUAUGCCUCCAUCCCUCAUAUGUGUCAGGUAUACCACAACUGUCUCUUCGGCCAGAGAUACGACUUCCUGUGCGCUAACUUUACGGUGUUCGACCAGAAGAACUUCAUCUGCCACUACGUCAGCGAGGUAGACUGCCCGAACUCAGAGAAAUAUUAUAGCAGGAACGAGGAGUUAUAUGAAACCACGACAACGACCACCGUCCCCCCGCCUCCCCCUCAGAUCAUCUAUGUGGACAGGCCUCGCCCUUCGGGUAAUAGGCCACGUCCUUUGGGUGGCAGGAAUCGCCCAAAGCGUCCUAACCGUCCUCGCCCCUUCGGUAAGCAUCGCACCACCACCACCACCGCAGCACCCGAUUACUAUUACGACGAUUAUUAUGAUGAUCAGUAUUACGAUGACUACUAUAACGAUUAUACGAACGAAAAGACCACGACAACUACGACCACGAGAAGGCCACUGCGUCGUCGUCGUCCCAACAGGCCAAGGUCAGGCCAGCAGGGUGACGGUGACAGACAGGGUGGGCCAUUUAACGCUAGGGAACGCCAGAGGCCGAGGAUCAACCCGCCUGUGCCACAGUAUGAUGAAUUCGACGGCCCUCGAGCAUCCCACCUGCAGCAGUCCAACAACCCUAGAGAACAGAUCUUCGACGAUGUUCCACAGGACGCCCCAUCUGGAGAUCGCAGACGUCGUCCAAAUCGUCAGAACGAUUCAAAGAAUCACCAACGACGUAAGAAGCCUACUACUACUACCACCACCACCACAACCACUGAGGUUGCGCCAGAUUACUAUUAUGAUGAAUACUAUGACUAUGUUGAUGAUAUAACCUCGACUACAACAACCGCUGCUCCCAACACUCGCAACAGACCUCGCGGCACAGGGUCAAGGUUGCGGCUAAAUCGUCCAGAGCGAACAGAAGCGCCCACUACCGAGGCGCCUGUUGAGGAGCCAACAACUAUAACCGCAGCUCGUGUCAAUGCAAGGAGAAAUCCUGUUAGUAACCGCCGGGUGACCCAAGCAGUGCCCGCAGACGUUGCUUCAGAUCCAUCCCAGCCAGAGCGUCAAAGUCCCCAGCGGACGAGACCUAAAUUCCCUCGUCGAAGAACUCAAGCAGCCGCAGACGAGGCAGAGAUCAUCGUAGCGCCAGGGGUGGAAUUAUCUGAUGUUAAUGCUCCUGUAGAGGCUGCACCUGUUUCUGAGGCACCAGUCGCUCGGGAGAGGGUUCGUCUUCCAACUAGGCGCCAGCAGGGAGGAGCUCGGAGUUCUGGGGUGCGUGGACAAGGCCAACCACCCGCAGAAUACAGCGACUUUUAAACCUUAUAUUUAUUGUGUACAGUCAUUACCUUGUUUUUGUACGUUAGUUGUAUUGUUUUUACGUAUAAAUCUUUUAAAUAAC